GCGAGAUCUCAAGCUGACAGACAGGCAGCGGACACUGCAUCCGAGCACCGGAAGCGGGAUAAAACCCGCGGAAAAGGAGGCAGUUCCGAGCCAGGGUGACCUGUGGGCGUCCUCGUCGAGCUCCCGGCGACACCGGCGGCAUAGCUUGGGACGCUAGACUAGGGAAUGCCCAGUAACAGGAAUUAUUUUAUAUAGAAGUCUUGUGAAACCAUUGCAAAAUUCAAGUGAUGAUCAUACAAAGAGUGGUAUUGAAUUCCCGACCUGGGAAAAAUGGAAAUCCAGUUGCAGAGAAUUUCAGGGUGGAAGAGUUCAGUUUACCGGAUACUAUCAAUGAAGGACAAGUUCAAGUGAGAACUCUUUAUCUCUCUGUGGAUCCUUACAUGCGCUGUAAGAUGAACGAGGAUACUGGCACUGACUAUUUGGCACCGUGGCAGCUGGCGCAGGUGGCUGAUGGUGGAGGAAUUGGAAUUAUAGAGGAGAGCAAGCACCAGAAGUUGGCUAAAGGCGAUUUUGUGACUUCCUUUUACUGGCCCUGGCAAACUAAGGCAAUUCUAGACGGGAAUGGCCUUGAAAAGGUAGACCCAAAACUUGUGGAUGGACACCUUUCAUNUUUUCUUGGGGCUAUAGGUAUGCCUGGCUUGACUUCCUUGAUUGGGGUACAGGAGAAAGGUCACAUAUCUGCUGGAUCUCAUCAGACGAUGGUUGUCAGCGGAGCAGCAGGUGCCUGUGGGUCUCUGGCUGGGCAGAUUGGCCACCUGCUUGGCUGUUCCAGAGUGGUGGGAAUUUGUGGAACACAUGAAAAAUGUCUCUUUUUGACCUCAGAGCUGGGGUUUGAUGCUGCAGUUAAUUACAAAACAGGGAAUGUGGCAGAGCAGCUGCGAGAAGCGUGCCCGGGCGGAGUGGAUGUCUACUUUGACAAUGUUGGAGGUGACAUCAGCAAUGCGGUGAUAAGUCAGAUGAAUGAGAACAGCCACAUCAUUCUGUGUGGUCAGAUUUCUCAGUACAAUAAAGAUGUGCCCUAUCCUCCUCCACUGCCCCCUGCGGUGGAAGCCAUCCAGAAGGAAAGAAACAUCACAAGAGAGAGAUUUACGGUAUUAAAUUAUAAAGAUAAAUUUGAGCCUGGAAUUCUACAGCUGAGUCAGUGGUUUAAAGAAGGAAAGCUAAAGAUCAAGGAGACAGUGGCAAACGGCUUGGAAAACAUGGGAGUUGCAUUCCAGUCCAUGAUGACAGGGGGCAACGUAGGGAAACAGAUCGUCUGCAUUUCAGAAGAUUCUUCUCUGUAGUCUUGGUGUGUCUUCAUCAAGGAAGCCCUCCAAUUUUCACUUCCCACAAAGAUUCUUAAGAUACAUUUAAAAAAUAAUCUUUCGGUACAGAUAGUGUUCUCGAUUCUAGUGUGAUAAUAUUUUCUUUGUUGUAUAACCACUUUAUCUUCAAUAUCAUAAUCACUAUACAUUUAACAUGUGAUUGCUUGCCAUAAUACAGGGGUUCUCAAGCUGUGGUUCACGACCCCUCCAGAGGAGUUACAUAUCAGAUAUCUUGCAUAACAGAUAUUUACACUAUUAUUCAUAACAGCAAAAUUACAGUUAUAAGGUAACAACCAAAUAUUUUUAUGGUUGGGGAUCACUACAACAUGAGAGACUGUAUUAAAGGGUGGGUGUAUUAGGAAGGUUGAGAACCAAUGCCACACUGGAUUGAAGUUAGUAUCAUUUGUUUUUCUGUCUUUUUUACUUUAUUUUUGAGGCAAGAUCUCUAUAUGAUGUCCACACUGGCCUCCAACUUGUGCUCCUGGGGCUCUAAGUUCUGGAAUUGCAGGCUUGUACCACUAUGCCUGAUUAUUUUUCUUAUAAUAACUAAUAAUAUUGUUUUAGAGAUGGGUCUGUUAGUUUAGCUCAGGCUGGACUGACUCCUCAGGUCUCUCACUGCCAAGCCUGGCAGCUGUCACUCACUAAUACGUGGCUAAUUUUGUUUGUAAAAACUAAUAUUACAUAUAUUUGUAUCAAAUAUUUAAAAAAAACCUGGGUGGUUUUUAACCCCAACUGUUAAUGGAUUAUAUAUACUCAUCUUUAAAUUACUUUUAGAACUGAGUAAACAUUCUAUGAAUUCUAAGGUGAGAAGCAGUUAACAUUUGUUGAACUGGGAACAUUUUUACCAUUCUUGAACUGAGUAUUAGAAUUGAGAUAGCCUUUCCAUAUUUUUGAUGAGAGACUUUAAAAAUCUUUAUGUACCCGCAUGUUUGUCUGGUGCCUGCAGUGGAGAGGGCAUUGGGGCAUUGGAUCCCCUGGAACUGGAGAGAGUCUUAAGCCACCAUGUGGGUGCUGGGUUCUACAAUGCAGGUCCUCUGGUAGAGCAGGAAAUGCUCUUAGUGUUUGGCCACCUCUCCAGCCUGCCUAUACUUAGUGGCAUAAGUCCAUAGGGUUUCGGGCAGCAUUGGGAGUACUUACAGAUUGUGGAACAGUUUUGGGGUAGGACGUUUUGGGUUGGGAGUGGUAUGAGAAGAUAAAUGAGUGGUUGGGAAGCUCUAGAGACCAGGUUCACAUCUAGGAGAUGAUCUGUUUGUGUUCUGCCCAACAACUGAUUGAGUGGCAAGCCUAACAACUUACUGCAUACUGAUAAAAGCUUGUGUUUAUUUUAGGAUUUUUUUUUUUUUAAGACAUGAGUCUGUUAGGUAGCUUGCUAUGUAAUCCAGGCUAGCCUGGAACUCAAAGAUAUACACUUGCCUGUCGGCCUCCGAGUGCCAGUGUUAAAGGCCUGUGUCCCCAUUCUGGGCUUAUACUUUGGAGGACUCAGAUACAAACAUCACUAAGAAUUUCACUGAUGAAAGUGAGUUGGUGUGGUCAGCACAGAGCACUCACUGAUCAGUACUGUAGGGGCUUUGAGGUUAAUCCCCAAUUAUACCUUCAGUCAGCAAGCCCCAAGUAAGCAAACUUCAGAAAACUAUAGGAUUAAGUAAAUUAACCAAUGGUUACAGACAUGACUAUUCCAGAUAUACUGAUGUAUCACAUUUGUUUUAUUAAUUUUCUCAACCUUUAGAAAAAUAAAACUGGAGAUGUUUUCUGAGUAUGA